CGAGACUGUUGAAACGCAAUUUGCAGAAGCACGCCGACGACCAUGACGGUGCGAAGUUGGCCGAUGUUCUCCGCGCGGCGCUCACGCGCGAGCGCGUGCGGCGCAAGCCAAAGUUCCACUUUUUCGAGGAACCUCCGGCGAGCGGCGAGGAGGACGACGAGGAGGAAUUAUACCGCCUGCAGAAGGAAAAGAACCGCGAGGGAGCUGCAGAAGAAGAUGUGGAAAGUACUCGCGAGGAUGACCACGACCGGAAGAGACAGUACAAGCCCCCCGCACUCGUUCUGCCCACCAGAGUCCUGUCGCGGGAAAGGCUGCUGGCUGCCUCACCAUCCCCGAGGGCUGCGAGAGCCGCAGCGCGGAGCCCGAGAGCAGGUGGUGCCGAUGGUGUGACGCCGACUGCGUCCACCAACAUUUUUAACUUGGUUGCAUCGCCGACCGAAAAGAGUAAGCGAAUGAUAUUCGAGCUGCACCAGCGAGCCGCUAAAGGAGCGACAAGCGGCAAGGAUCUGCAAGGUGCUCCAGCGUUUGCGUUUCCUGAUCUCGACGAGUACGUGUUGCCAGCCUUGAUUUCGCCAAGCUCUAAAGAUCGACUAAUUUUUGAGCAUAGACGUGCCGCAAAGAAGGACUCGGGUAACAACACCAGCUCGGGCGCUGCAACGUUCUCCUUUCCUGGUGCCUCGACAGCCGAUCUUGAGGAGGUGAAUAGUGCCGAACAAGAACCGAUGCCUACAACGCCACGGCAGAUCUUUGCACAUCACCAGCAAUUAUCAUCGUCCGCAAAAGCGAAGUCCCGGUCUUCGAAGGCUAAAGCAUACUUUGCGUACCCCGGAGCAUCGACAGCGCAGUUGGGCGAGGGAGCGCUCAUGCGGCGACGGUUUGCCUCUGGUGCGUCUUCCGCGGAUCUCGACGCGAGUGCGAUGCUGGAGGUACUCACUUUGUCGCACGUCACCGCAGACGACGAGCCAGGUUCCCUUGGAAAAGCACAGGAUGACAGUACCGACGAGGCAGACCAUAUCACGACAACGCAGCCACUCGUUGAAGCUGAUUUGGCGCAGCGAUUUCUGCACAAGACACGCGUCCCCUCACCGACGAAGAGUUCGAAAUCCAGUGCCUGUCCGACGCCGAUUCGCAAGAGCAAGAGGGGCAAGCCGUCGGAGCUGCUGCGGAGCUUGCCUGAUGACGACAAAUUGCACGAAAGAAGAACAAGAAGUACCAGUGUCGAUGCUAGCAUGCGAAAAAGCAAAAAGAGCCAGCACAAGGAACUGUUCGCGAUGGAAUCGUUUAAUCUCCGUGGUGACAGGGCCGAGAUAGAAGCUGCAGAUAUUUCGGCGCUACCGGGAAGUCGGUCGAAUUCACCUGCCUGGAAGCGGCUGUUAAAGCAUCAUACUCAUUCAAGUAUACUAAGCUGAUGAAAAAUAUAGAUAUACAUCACGUGUUAUCCGAAUCCGAUUCUGAUUGUGAUUUCGACCAAGUCGAACGUACAACUCCCACUGUCCAGCUUGUGUGUCGUGCGUUACUUGUCGAAUGCGUGCAAAAGUGAGUGAUCGCAAAGAUGCUGAUGUACAUAGUUGUAGUUCAACUUUUUCAACAGGAUUUCAGUAAAAGCAUCUGCCUAGAUGUGGAUCAUAUUCACAAUAAAAUCACAUCUUCGCAGGUCAGCGGAAGCGACAAUCGUACAUUUUUUCCGAUGCUCUGGCUCGGGCUGCUUACGAUCCGCACGCGCAAGCCGAGGUUGAGCGGAUUCAAAAGCGAAACGAAAGAACGCGGAGUAACUCCCGCGAGCGGGAGCCCGCAAAGAGUCCCGAUAAUUACAACCUUUCCAGCAGGAGUCCACCUCCCGAGCAGGACAACCAGAACCAGACCACUAAGGCCGCUGCGAGAACAAAUAAACAGGAACAGCGUCCGCAGUACCGCAACGAGGAGCGCGAGCGUCGCUACGCUGCGUUGCAGGCGGGCACGUCCCCGCACCGCGCUGAGGUUCGGAAAGGAAGCUGGAACAGGCCAUGGGGCACGCCGGUGCGCGAAACGCGGUCGCAACAGCUGCGCCGAGAAUCCGUACGGAAGCAGCAGGAACAGCGAAAGUUGUCGAGCAAUCUCUUCGAUGGUACGGGCAUCGCUCAGGGGCCUCUCGCUAGUACAACCGAGGCUGUCCUACCUGGCAGCCCAGAGAACAAAACCUCUCGCCGGAGCCAAGUGCAAGAGAUUGCGCGGUCCAGUAAAACGCAAAGUGACAAACAUGCAGUACCUACCAGUGGCAAGCUACACUCCGACCUCGCAGAUCCGCUACUGACCCGCGCCUCUGCUGCAGAAAACGUUCCCGCGCGCGGAACUGCAUUGUCAUCUAACACAUACGAGCAGGUAGGCAUGGGACAGAAAAAUCCGGGGGAGUACGAGGAGGGUUUAUCCACGUCAUCGGGCGCCGUCGAAGAUGAAAGUGAGGCCGACGCGGAUAAGAGAGCUGCCAGCACGUCGACGUUUACUGUUUCCCAGCGCCGCCAGUCCAUCAGGCUAGACAAGAACGACCGAGGGACCGAAAAUAAGAGAUUGGGAACAAAAAACAAGACAUCCGUGACCACUUUACUGAAGGGUCGUCGAAAAGUGGCACCGGAUCAUGCGCUGCCGGAAAAGCGCCCGAGUACCACCGUUACUGAUAUUCACAUUUACCCGACGGAAACCUCCGCAGGCGAGCCACAGAACAAUCGCGCACACGACCGAGGGCAGUUGACGUCAAUCCUCGCGGGCUCCGACGAUCAUGUGGUCACCUCCAGUGCGGCCGCUGCCGGGGGCGGCAACAAGAAGGCCAAAGUGAAAAAGCCGAAAGUCCGUCCGCCCUUGGCCACGUUGAUGUUGCGGCAGUGGAGACGUUUGCUUUUCAUCGCCUUCAUCGCGGUCGGCUUUUUCUACCUGAACCGCGUCAGCUCUCUCUUGGAGUUGUCGGAGCCGGCGUUUCUCAAUUCGUUUUUCUCGGUGGCCACGUACCAGUACUUCAGCAUUCCGGACCUGGCCGUGGUUUUGGUCCUCAAAUUUUUCCAAACCAUUGUUGCGAUGGCGCUGCCCGUACCCUUGGGAUGUGUGGCGCCGUUCUUGGUCAUCGGCGCACUGGCGGGUCGCAUCAUUGGGCAGCUCUUUCUGCAAAAUGCGCAAUCUCUGCUGCUGGACAGUGGCUUGAGCAUCUCCGAUCAUACACCGGAGGUUCUCAGUACCGCGUUCCCCGGACAACACGGACAGGCCGGGAUGAACGGCGAUGUCGUGUUGGAGGCCGCAAGGCAAGCACGCUGGGCUUUGGUCGGUGCAGUUGCGUUCACGGCCGGCGGUUUGCGCGCUUUCUCCAUUGUACUGAUUUUAUGAUUUGGUGCAUCUUUAUUUUGAGUUUGAAAAUGUUUUCAAUACGACAACGACCGCGUCGUGCCAUGUUUUAGACAUGCACGUACUUGUUUUAUCGAAAGAAUUGGGAAAAUUGACAAGCACCAGCGGAACUCAAACAAGGUUGACUGUUGACAUUCAUCGAAGCACUUCAAAAAUAUUUUCGAAACAAAACUGCAGAUUGCCAUCGUGAUUGAGUUAAUUUUCCUUCCGGGCCUGUCGACGGAACUCAUCCUGGCAAGUUUUGUGAGCAUUUUUGUGAGCGUGCAAAUUACGGACUUUGGCAUCCUCGACAGCAUCGUGUUGAUGAAGGGCCUUCCAGCCAUGCCGACCCACCCCCCCGGCAACUUUUCGCAGCGAACGGUGCUGAAUUGCGCGGUGAGAAGGUUCGUGCAGGUCCCCAGGUUCUGCAGUUACGCAACUCUGUGGCAUCAAUUGCGAAAGGCUGCAUACAUCCACCACAAAAUAACGCAUGAUCCGAGGACGAAUGACUCGUCUGCAGAAAAAGAAAAUCCGUCUGGUCCCGCGACACAGGUAGAGCGAGGCCAAGCCACACAUCAAGUCGGAAUAGACGCGCCCGGGGCUGCUCCUGCACCUCCGCAUCAAACUCCAGCUUUCAAUUUCGCAUCCUCAUUUUUCAAUAAAACGAAAAGAACUAAAACGUUCGAAAGCGGCGUGUUCAAUGCCAGCUUUAUGUCGAACAAUGAAAUGCAAAUGUACGAGAAAAGUGACGAAGAGCGAGAGGGCAGCAGCACUUUUGACUAUCCGGCGGACCCGCCGCCGGAGGGGUUUGGUCAGGAAGUCGUACCCAUCGUCUCGGACGGAGCGCUUGUGGGAGUCAUCGGUGCUGUGGAUAUGCGCCUGCAGUUGCAGGAGCUGGGGCUCCCGCUGUGGAGAUCGGAGUUUCCGAACGAGGCCGAGUAUCAGACGCUGCUGAACUUCAACCACGAACGCGAAAUGGAGCGCACCGUCAUACAGCUGAGCGCGGAGGAGCAUCUCCGGAGGACCACCAAGCGCGCAAUGUCGUCCACAACUCAGAAAACAUUUGGUAUUGGUGCAGCCGACAAUUCGGGUAAAAAUUCUAAAUCUCUUUCACUUUCACCUUCUCCCCCUGAUGAAGAUGAUCCAUCUGGCCCACCUCCUGCCGGAAGUACAACCGGCACGACACAACUGAAGACACAGUCAUCGUCAUCCUCCUCGAAUGCUGCUUCUACCCAGCACGACCUCACUGCUUCUCCGCAUGUUGGAAAAAAACGGCCAAAGGCCGAGGGGGAAGCGCUAGACUUGGCUGUCGAAUCCGUCAUGAACCGGCCUCCCAGUUUCCGCAUCAGCGAAAGAAGGUCCAACCAGGUCACCGAGGCUUUCCUUCACAGCAGAAACUUUCUUUUCAGUGCGAAACAUCAAAACACGACUCAAUCGCUGCUUGCGUCCCUGCGCGACGAGGAAAUAACCGGAGUACUACCCGGUGGCGACACAAUGAUCUCCAGCAGUCUUCGGGGUGCGAGCAACCUGCAAAUAAUCAAGGAAAUCGAUCAGGAAACCAUUGGUGGUGAGCCUGAUACAAUGGAGGUUACAGAGGGAGCAGACGACGACGAAGACAUUAUUCGAGCUGCACUUUCCAGCACCCAUGAGCACCAACGACUUGCGCUUUUUCGCGAAGCAAUCAGCGCCCCGAUCGACCUUUUGAAGAGUUUGCAUCACGUGCACACGCCCCUGCUGAUUGGGCACGAGAUGCUGGCAACCGACGCGUUCACCCUGUUGAACUUCUUGCAGAUGAAAUACGUUUUUGUGCUGAAGCCGCACGGCGAGGACGCUGAAGCAGAUGCAGAGGGAGACAACGAGCGAGAGAAGAAAACGAUGCCAACCCCCAAAAAGCACGUCCUCGCAAAGCCGGACAAAGCAGUCGAAUCGGAGCUACUCGGAUAUUGCACCAUUGAAACACUGCUCAAGAAGGGUCAUAUUGCUCCUACAUAGAAAUGAUAAAGUACGGAGACGCUCGACUACACCGAGGUAAACUGCAUGCAAAAGCUGAUAAAAAAUUGUGCAUGCUGUAGAUCAAAUUCAAAUACGGAUACCAAUUAUUGACGAGUUUUACAUGAAAAACAUGUCGUCCUGCUGCACAUUCGGGGCGACUAGCAAUCCAAGUCGAGCCUGAAUGUUGUUGUCACGUUUGCCUGUGCCUUUUCUAGCGGUAGUUGUGUGUUGAUCUUAUCCAAGAUUGAAGCAGUAUACCGACCAGUAAGCAGUAUUUCGAAGAAGAAGAACAAGAAGAAACUCUCUGGGUUGUUGUGCCCGCGAGUCAUUUUUGGUUGAUCGGGGCGCGUCGCUCACCGUCGUCGCUCAACGUGUUUGCGAGACGUGAAGAACGAG